AUGCCCGGCAGCCAGACCCGGAGCCGGACCAGAGACCGGACCAACGUCCUGAACCGGCCCGAGUUCAUGUCCCUGAACCAGCCGAGCCGCAGGGAGCACUCCGCUGGGGAGGGACGGGCCGGCGCUGGUCCACGGAGGCCCGUGCUGAGACAGCAGAGUCAGCAGGACGACACCGGAGCGAGGGGGUCCAGAGACCCCUCUGAGGGACCCCCAGCAGCAGACGGGAACCCAAAGGAGGCGACCCGCUGGCCCGAGCAGGACUGUAUGCAGCUGAACCCUACGUUUCGAGGCAUUGCCAUCAACUCUCUGCUCGCCAUUGACAUCAGCCUCUCCAAGCGUCUUGGAAUGUGCGUGGGGGCCCAUGGACCCGGGGCCCCGCUGCGCUCCAUGGUGACCCUGCUGGCCCUCACAGGACACGCCCUACCAUGGAUCUUUGGAACCCUGAUCUGUCUGUGGCGGAGCAACACACUGGCUGGACAGGAAGUCCUGGUCAACCUGCUGCUGGCCCUGAUCCUGGACCUGAUGACAGUUGCUGGGAUGCAGAAGUUGGUCAAGCGCAGAGGACCGUGGGACCUCCCUCCGGGGUUUUUGGACUGCAUUGCCAUGGAUAUGUAUUCUUUCCCGGCAGCCCAUGCCAGCCGGGCCGCCAUGGUGUCCAAGUUCCUGUUGAACCACCUGGUGCUGGCGGUCCCGCUGAGGAUCCUGCUCUACCUGUGGGCCUUCCUGGCGGGCGUGUCCCGGGUGCUGCUGGGGAAACACCACAUCUCGGACGUCGGCUGUGGAUUCGCUCUUGGCUUCCUGCACUUUAGCCUGGUGGAGUCUGUUUGGUUGGACUCAACCAUGUGUCAGACGCUGCUCUCCAUUGGCUCACUGCAAUGGACUCCACUGGUUUAGAAGCCAAUCAAACUUGUGUAGUAGUGGUUAAAACUGGUUCAAAUGGAAAUAAGACUGCAUCAUUUUUGAAUUGUGCCUUCAUGUUUUGGAGUAUACUGCUUUGGGAGGUUCUAGUUAUGAUCGGGAUCAGCUGGUCAGAUUGGCUAUAACUGGUAAAAAGCUGUGUAAAAUGGAUAAAAUGUUGUUUAGGCCAUUUUUGAAUGGUGCAACUGUGUUACACACAGCAGCUAAUUUAUCAGACUCAAUUUUAACUGGUAUGUGUAGACGGUCAUAAAGAAUGAGGUACAACUGGUUUAGUGAAUUUAUUAAGGAGAUCGGCAGGUUUGUUUCAGUGCCACCAAAUCUAGUCCGAUCCAGUCUGAACGAGUUGAAUCCAGUUAGAGCUGGAACAACCCGUCUAAACUUACUGCAACUGGCUUGGACUGGUCUAAACUACUGACUUGUUGGUCGUGGAUACUUUGUUUCAUUGUGCUAAACCGGCUGAGCUCUGGUUGUAACUGGGUAAAUCUGGUUUAAACUGGAUUAGGUGAUGUUAUAACAGUUGAUACAAUGUGUUGAUGGCUGUGAUGGUUGACGGAUGUAGGUCCAGGUCUGGUUUGGAGCUCUAAGGGGAACGGUUUAGUGAAUCUGGUCUCUGAGCUUUGAACAUUUGGUUUGUUGUGGUUUUAGGGAAUGGGUGGUGCAACAGGAAGUGCCUCUGCUCAGACUUCCUGGUUUUAACUUUACUAAAUAUUUUCUUCUCAGUUUGAACUUUUUUUUUUUUUUUUUUUUUUUACC